AUGGCGUCGGAUGAUCAACAAGACGCUGCAUCGGCUGCGAUCCAAGCAUUGACCGGCUUUAUCAAUACGAGCACUUUGCUUCCUCUAGCCCAGCAAUUUUCGGCAACUUACAGUCAUCUGGCCAAGUCUUCCACCGAGCACUUUCUAGUCACUCCCGUCACGGCACUACCCACAGGGAAAGAGAAGGGUAAAUUCUUGAGCAUCGAUGUUGGUGGCACGAAUCUAAGAGUCGGAUUUGUUGAGCUAAUCGGAGAGCCAGAUGGCGCCGCAGAGGAUGAGCGGACACGGAGUAGCACGGUUGGCGAAAACGUGUUUGCUCGCAUCAAGAGGAGCCACGACAGAGACUGGCCCAUUGGGGAUCACCUGAAGAUGGACCAAGCUGAAGACUUGUUUGCCUGGAUUGGUGACUGUAUCGCCGAGGUUGUCAAGAGUGCUCUUGAAGAGCAAGAGACCAUGAAAGAUAUCACAUCUCCCCUCGGCGAUGAGAUUCUGCUUGGCAUCACCUUCAGCUUCCCGAUGGCACAAGAUCGUCUUUCAGAAGCGACUCUGCUACCAAUGGGCAAAGGAUUCGCCAUGACUUCGGAUCUGAACCUGGGCAAGAUGCUUCUCGCUGGAUAUGCGCGAUACUGCCACACCAAUGAUGCAGCAAGCCAGCUCAACCAUUCCAAGUCACAAUUACCAAGGAUACGGGUAGCCGCCAUCACAAACGACACAGUAGCAACAUUCGCAUCCCUUGCCUAUGCAGCCAAAGCAGCACCCAACAGCCGCGUUGCCAUGGGCCUCAUCGUCGGUACUGGUACCAACGCAACCGUACCAAUGAAGCCAGAGAGUCUUCAUCCUGAUAAGAGAAGUGCACUCUCAAACCCUGAUGCCGUCGAAACCGUCGUCAUCAACACAGAGUGGACGAUUCGUGGCACGGACAAGCCCUUGGUCGACCUCAACAUCAAAACAUCCUGGGACAUGACACUCGAUGCCAACAGCGAUGCACCGGGCUUCCAACCAUUCGAGUACAUGACCUCUGGGCGGUAUCUUGGCGAGAUUGUACGAUUAGUGUUUGUCGAUGUUGUGUCAAAAGAAGAAAGUGUGCACGUACCAUCGUCACUGAUGCUUAAGAACGCCCUACCAACCCGCUUCCUGUCGGAAGUCGUCGCGCGAAAGGGGGGUCGCAUCGUACAGGAAGAGCUCGAGAGCAGGUACCCAGAUCCUGAAGAUUCGGACGAUUUCUUCUGGACUGUCGACAAGGUGGAGUUGAUACGCGACAUUGCCGAAGCUGUCCAGCAGCGCUCUUCAGCUCUCAUCGCGGCUGCUUGCAUUGGACUCCUGAACUGUGUGGGUGACGUCGCACUAGACAAGCAACAGGCCUCAAGCAACGGUGCUCAUGCAAAAGGGAAACGCGAGAUAGAAGAACUGGUAAUAGCAUACGCCGGAGGAACGAUAUCACAAUACCCCAAGUGGCUACAGACAUGUCAGCAAUGGAUAGAUAUACUCGUCGAGGAGGGUUCUUCGUCGAACAAAAACAAGCAAGUCACGCUCAAGGAGGCCAAGGACGGAGGUAUUGUCGGCGCCGGAGUACUCGCAGGCAUGACAGAUGAGAUAGUAUAA